CAUUUUUCCGAGCAUGGAAUCCCUCAUCUACCUAAACGGACUCUGUUCCACGAUUUAUACGAUAUUAUCUUCAAAAACACAUCAGCAGUGAGUCUGACUCUUAAAAUGUACAACCACUAUAUAUUAGCAAAGUAUAUCGGAUUGUACGGAUUCGGAAAACCAGCAAUCGUAAUCCGGGACUUGGAGCUUCUAAAGAGCAUAACUGUGAAAAACUUUGACCACUUUGUCAAUCAUCGAAGCUUUAUUAACACGGACAUAGAUUCGUUGCUGAGUCACAGCUUGUUCUUCCUUUGCGAUGACAAUUGGCGUGAAACCAGGACACCUUCUCCAGCAUUCACCGCAAUGAAGAUGAAAAGCAUGUUCAAAUUGAUGUCCGAGUGCGCGAAUAAUUUCACGAACCAUUUAGUAGCCAGAUCUUAGAAUUGCUCCGUUGAAUUCGACUCCAAGGACAUAUUCACGCGUUACACCAACGACACCAUCGCUACUUGUGCUUUUGGAGUCUCAGUUGACUCCAUGAAGGACCCUGACAAUGAUUUUUACCUUCUUGGAAAACUAGCCACCAAUUUCGAAGGCAAAAUGCUCAAAAUCGCCAUGACUAUGUUGUUUCCAAGACUCGCGACGUUAUUUAGGGUGAAAAUAGUCGAUGAAAAAGUGGAGCAGUUCUUCCUGGACCUGGUACGCAAUACGAUUGAAUUGAGAGACCAGCAAGGAAUCUACCGGCCAGAUAUGAUCCAGCUGAUGAUGGAAGCUAGGAAUAGCUCAGAUUUGAAGAAACCGGAGCUAUCUAUCCAGAAAAUGACCGCCCAGGCCUUCAUCUUCUUCUUCGCAGGCUUCGACACCACUUCCAAGCUAAUGUGCUUCGAUGCUCAUGAGAUCGCGACUAAUCCCGAAGUCCAAGCACGCUUGCAGGAUGAAAUAGACCAGGUCUUGGAAUAUUAUGGAGAACCCACCUACGAAGCGAUCAACAAUAUGCAGUUUCUUGAUGCUGUCAUCACUGAAGCGUUAAGGAUGUAUCCUGCGAUGAUAAUCGCUGACAGGUUGUGCACCAAAGGCUUUGAACUGCCUCCAGCUGCUCCCAGGGCGAAGCCAUACCUUCUUAAACCUGGUAGUCUUGUCAUGCUGUCGACUUGGGCAAUUCAUCGGGAUCUAGAGUACUUUCCUGAGCCAGACACUUUCGAUCCUGACAGAUUCUUGGAGGAUCGCAGGAAAACGGUGAACAGUGUUGCUUAUUUGCCGUUUGGCGCCGGUCCCAGAAUGUGCAUUGGCAACAGAUUCGCGCUCUUGGAAAUCAAGGUCAUGUUCUACUUCCAUCUUUUAAGCAAGUGCAGCAUAAGCCCAGCUAAGAAAAUGAUCCUGCCUAUGGAGAUUGCUGAUUCUAAUACUACUUUGGGUGCUAAAAGCGGCUUUUGGCUGGAUAUUUUGCCGAGGAAAAAAGUUUGA